AUGUACCUAUAUUAUUCCUUUUCAGACAACUUUCAAAAGAAGGCUCGUCUCUUGGAAGACAUUUAUUCAAAAGAAAAUAGACUUGACCGUUGGCUUGACCGCCCUUCAACUACUUUAUCGGGCCGAUUUCAUGCCAAUUCAGCUCUCCACCACUCUAAUCCAUCGUCAGAAAAGCUGGGGGGCUUCUCUACAACGAAUAGUUCGACUACCGAAUCGGUGAAAAUGGCAAAGCAUUCAUUGUCUACACAAGACACUAUAUCUGAAGGGGAUCAAGUAUCAGAGAGAGCCGUAGAUGCGAUCAUCUCGAAAGGCAAUACAGAGACCAGUGAAGAAGACUCAACAGCAACAUCUUUGAGCUCCAAAAAUACAUCAUAUGUUUCUUUAUCCGGCCCCUCAAGCUCUUCUCUACUCAAGUCGUCCUUCGCUUCUAUAGUUUUAGCAGAUGCUUACUCUGAGUCUGAAGCAUCCUCAACUCCUACUCCCGACUUAGCAGCCUCUACCAAUCGCCAUUUGAUAAGGGAUAAAUCUGUCGACAGUUGUAGUGAUUUAUACAUAGAGCACCGUAGAUCUCGCCAUUAUAAUAGCUGGUAUCAUCCAGUGAACCUAAAGAAUCGGCAAGAAAAUGGUAACAAAAGGAAAAAUAAGGUGAAAGCUAAGUUUGAGAAGGUAGAAAAUGAGACUUCUGACUUUACUGAUUCAAUAGAGGCUGCUCUAGACCCUUUAUAUGGUUCAACUGGCUCUUGUAUGGCUAGUAGUGUAGACGCUUGCUAUUCUGCCUAUCCACAUAAUCUUUUUCAGCCGAUACUAUUCAAAAAUAGUAACUAUCUUACUAGUUAUUGCAAGCAAGGCAAGCAUGAGGAGCAGCAUCAGUCCUAUAAUCAGCAUCGGCAGCAACAACAACAUCGGCAUCGUAAUAAUAAUACAGGGCCUCAAAACCGGUCAAAAUGCCGUGGCUACUCAAGAUCAACCGUGGGCGAGAAAAUUACAGGUGACAUCCUAAAUGUCAGAGGAAUUUCGAGAUCCAAGGAGCAAAUCCCAUAUAAAGGAAUAUAUUCCCAUCAAGAUCCUUCUAUUAUCAGCAAAUUAAAGACUGCCCAUUGGCGAAACGAUCAUCGUGAAGCAUUCCAUCGGCCAUGUACGGUACUAGAGCCCGAAGUUAGUGAUUAUUCUAGCCUACUUAGCAGCCCUAACCUCACCAACGUCCACACCAAAUACCUUGACUCCAAAGCAACCUACCUUAGUAAAAUUAAGCAUCGAAUUUCACCAUCAUCUCCCAGAUCCCAUAGCCGAGUUCCCUGGGAAUCAGCUUUAUCUGAAAACACUUUGAAGCAGGGGGAAGCGGAUAAAUGUAUUCUGAAUGCUCAGAAGCAAAACCGAAUGGAAGAAGGCAAAUAUAGCGAAGCUAGUGAAUCUGACAUUUAUGAAACAAGAAAGGAACUUAAGGAAGAGACACUGGAACCUUUUUGGCAGACCGAUCCUUUUGCAGCCAAUCUGGAUUUGGACUUGGACAGCACUGUUAUUCAAGUUCAUCCAGUAAGUUUAAGAGUUAUAGUCGUAGAUAUGAAGACCAAGCUGCUGUAG